CCCGCGCCGGGCCGGACCAUGGCCGCGAAGCUCCGCGCGCAUCAGGUGGACGUGGACCCGGACUUCGCGCCGCAGAGCCGGCCGCGCUCCUGCACCUGGCCCCUGCCGCAGCCCGACGACUUGGCGGCCGACGAGGACGCGGGAGCGCUGGGCUCCGGGCUGGCCGAGGCUGCCGACGACUGCGGGCCGGAGCCGCGCCACCGGACCUCCGCCGCCUCCGCCGCCACCGCGGUCCCGGCGAUGGCCCCGGCGCCGCCGCUGGGCGCCGAGGUCGGGCCGCUGCGGAAAGCCAAGAGCUCGCGGCGCAACGCGUGGGGGAACCUGUCCUACGCCGACCUCAUCACCAAAGCCAUCGAGAGCGCCCCGGACAAGCGGCUCACGCUCUCCCAGAUCUACGACUGGAUGGUCCGUUACGUGCCCUACUUCAAGGAUAAAGGCGACAGCAACAGUUCGGCCGGCUGGAAGAACUCCAUCCGGCACAAUCUGUCGUUGCACACCCGCUUCAUCCGUGUGCAGAACGAGGGCACCGGCAAGAGCUCCUGGUGGAUGCUGAACCCCGAAGGCGGGAAGACCGGCAAGACCCCACGGCGCAGAGCCGUGUCCAUGGACAACGGGACCAAGUUCCUCCGCAUCAAAGGCAAGGCCAGCAAGAAGAAGCAGCUGCAGGCCCCGGAGAGGAGCCCAGACGACAGCCCCCCGGGGGCACCCGUGCCGGGGCCCGUGCCCGCCGCCGCCAAGUGGGCCACCAGCCCGGCCUCGCACGCUAGCGACGACUACGAGGCCUGGGCCGACUUCCGAGGCGGCGGGAGGCCCCUGCUCGGGGAGGCGGCCGAACUGGAGGACGAUGAGGCCCUGGAGGCCCUGGCACCUUCGUCCCCGCUCAUGUACCCCAGCCCGGCCAGUGCCCUGUCCCCCGCGUUGGGUGCACGCUGCCCCGGAGAACUACCGCGCCUGGCCGAGCUGGGAGGGCCCCUGGGCCUGCACGGAGGCGGCGGCGGCGGCGCGGGGCUGCCACCGGAGGCCCUGCUGGACAGCGCGCAGGACGCCUAUGGGCCGCGGGCCCGAGCCUCGGCACCCGCCUACUUCGGGGGCUGCAAGGGCGGCGCCUACGGAGGGGGCGGGGGCUUCGGGCCCCCGACACUGGGGGCGCUGCGCCGCCUGCCCAUGCAGACCAUCCAGGAGAACAAGCAGGCCAGCUUCGCGCCCCCUGCCGCGCCCUUCCGACCCGGACCCGGGGCGCUGCCCGCGCUGCUCCCGCCGCCGCCGCCCGCACCCAGGCCGGGCCCCGUGCUGGGCGCGCCCGGGGAGCUGGCGCUGGCGGGCUCGGCCGCCUCCUACCCAGGCAAGGGGGCCGCCCCGUACGCGCCGCCCGUGCCCUCGCGCAGUGCCUUAGCCCACCCCAUCAGCCUUAUGACGCUGCCCGGAGAGGCGGGCACGACGGCCGGCCUGCCUCCCCCGGGCCACGCCACCGCCUUCGGGGGGCCGCCCGGGGGCCUCCUGCUGGACACACUGCCCGGGCCCUACGCGGCGGCCGCUGCCGGGCCGCUGGGCGCCGCGCCCGACCGCUUCCCGGCCGACCUGGACCUCGACAUGUUCAGCGGCAGCCUCGAGUGCGACGUCGAGUCCAUCAUCCUCAACGACUUCAUGGACAGCGACGAGAUGGACUUCAACUUCGACUCGGCCCUGCCCCCGCCGCCCCCAGGCCUGGCUGGGGCGCCGCCCCCGAACCAGAGCUGGGUGCCCGGUUGAGGCUUGAGGGGGCC